AUGAGGCACGCUGUAUCUUGCUUUGUAGUCUUGCUCUGUGCCGUUUGUGCGGUGCAAGCAAACGCUGCAGUUCACACUCCGAUCGGCACUUACGAAUCAGAAACUGCGAGAGAUAACUGCUCAGGAAGUACGGGAGACUAUGCCAUCCAUGCAGAUGGGUCAACCCUGCAAGACUCUGCCACUGGCGCGGAACCAAGGCAUCUACAGGCUUGGCGCACCAGAGGCAGCGGUCGCAACUUCUCCAGCGGCUAUACCACCGGCUACAGCGGUUUGAGCGGAUCACCUGUAAGCACCUCAACAUAUAUGUCGAGUACGGUGCCCUACAGCAACACGUAUAGCGGCUCCUCUUCAUUUUCCGGAAGAUCUAUUCCUACGUAUUCUAGUAGUGGAGAUACCUACGCGGCUUAUCCUUCAAGCAGCACUAGUGGAACAACGUUCUACAGCAGUGGAAGCGGGGGCACCACCUACACAGGUGGCAGCCUCUCCAUGCCGACGUACUCGACCUCCUCGCUGGCUUCGGGAAGUGGCAGCAGCAUGCCAUAUGUCAGUUCUAGCAGCACCACGUACGGGGGCAGCAGCAGCAGCAGCGGCAGUCACCUCUCCUCCGGAACAAGCUACACCAGCCCCAACAAUGCUUACGGCGGAUCAAACGGAACGGCGUUCGGCAGCAGUAUGGGCAGCUCUGGAAUGACAGGGGACAGAGCAUUCAUGAGCAGCUCCGCCUCGUCAGGUCGAGUUGUCUACACUAGUGGAGGCCCUACCGGUGUGGGGAGGCCUAUGAGUACCACUGCAGCAACAAGUAGUGGUGGUAUCGGGGCAACAGCAAGCAGCAGCAGCGGCAUCGGGGUGUCUCCGUACGGCGGCACCUUCAGCAGAACUCCCUCUCAGACCACGGUGCGCACCAGCGGUUCAACGACACAGUCAACCCCCUCUAGCCCCUCUUUUAGCGGCAGCGGGAGCAGCGGGAUGCCGAGCACCACUGGAACCGCUGAAAGGACAGCAGGGCAGACUUCGGGGGGGAGUAGCAGCUCUCGAGCCCAGAACAGCAGCAGCACAACCAGUCCAUCAGAAGGGCCCUUCCGUGAUUCAAAUACAGGUAGAGGAAGCAGCAGCUUCCGCUCAUCCGGGGGUGGAGCUGCGACGUCCCCACUGGAACAGGGAGGAUCAGACAACACAACGUAUUAUCUUAGAGAGGCUGAUGGAUCUCUUACGCCAAUCGAGCCUCCCCCUUACGACCAGAUGAAGCCUGACUCCUACUACACUGAUCUCUAUCUCACCGACCAGCCGAUCAGGUUUGAGAACCAUCACACUAAAACGCAACAAUUCAAAUUCGAGCUUGAAAAGGCACACGAAACCAACAUUCAAAAGGAGCAGGAACAGCCAACGCAAGGGGUAAUCAAACUCCCAAUUGCAGAGGAGAAAAAGGGAGUGAUGUGA